ACAGUUAACAGAAAUUAGCAUUUCUUAUCCUUUAGUAGUCUCAGGCAACUCCUCGCACGAGAUGCUUGUAUUUCAUAGUUUCAUAAACCAUAAGUUUCAUAAGUAAACUGAGUGCUUCUGUCUUGACUCUUGAGCAAUGGCUAAUACCAAUGCAGUUUUCACUUUGCUUUUCACUCUCAUUUCUUUCUCUCUUCUUCUUCUUCUUCUUCUUCUUCUUCUUCUUCUUCCACAUUGCAUUGAUGCUCAUUCCCUUGAGGUUUGCAUGUUUGAUGCAAUAUAUCAACUGGGGGACUCGAUCUCUGACACUGGCAAUUUUAUUCAUGAGGACCCAGCUUCGCCUUUUGCUCGGCUUCCUUAUGGCGAAACCUUUUUCAACAAUGCCACUGGCCGGUGCUCCAAUGGGUUGCUAAUGAUUGAUUAUUUUGCUCUAGCAGCUGGACUGCCUUUUCUCCCACCCUACUUGGAUCAAGACACAUUGGUUAUUUGCAAUCACGGGGAGAAUUUUGCAGUGGCUGGAGCUACUGCUUUGCCCCCAGAUGUUCUUGCAAAAAGGAAUAUUUCAUUCGCACCUACUAAAUACAAUCUCAAUGUUCAACUUGAUUGGAUGUCCACAUAUUUCAAUGGGAUCUGUCACAAUGCUGAAGAUCGUGCUAAGAAGCUUAAAACAGCCCUAUUCUUGGUUGGAGAAAUUGGGGGGAAUGAUUAUAACUUUGCAUUCCUUCAAGGCAAAAUAAAUUCCUUCUUUUUUUUUCUUCCAAAAUGACUUGCUAUGAUUAUUGAUAA